GAUAUAAAAACCCGUCAAAAUGCCUGACAGCACGUAAUGAUCGCUAGCGCUUUCGAGGCUGUCCACCAGAACACAUCCGUAUCUUAGAGAGCAAUGCAUACGAGCAACACUGGAUUUAUAGCGGUCCGUGCACUUUUAAAUACCAACAAAUAGGAUCAGCAAAUGUUUGAAGACAGAUGUUUGGAGAGGCUAGCAGGCUAAGAAGCUAAAGAGCAUUUAAAUCGGAUUGUGUUUGAUCUACACCUCAACCCACCUGCCAUUAUCCGCACAAGAGGCUGUUUCUGGCAUUUGAGGCCGUCAUGAUCCAUCUUUUGGACACCGUGGACGAGGCGUCCCCGCCGUCUCUGACCGAUCUGUGCAUGACUCUGGUGAGCUCCAGGCUGGAGCUCUUCUGUGAGAUGCGUGAUGACGGCUCUCUCUCCUUCCGUGAGCCGCUGGUCGAGCCGCUGGUCUUCCCGCAGGAGCUGGCCGACCAACUGCUCUGCAAGAUGGCCACUGAGGGCCUGUUGAACGACAGUACGGUGGGAAUCUUCCGGAGCUGCCAGCAGUUCCGCUUGCGCCACGCCUGCAUCCGCACCGCUCGAAUCUCCGCCGAGGCCUUCCACCGGGCCCUCUGCCCCCACCGCCUGGUGGAGCUGGACGCGUCACGGGUCAACGCCGACCUCACCAUCGCCGACAUCCUUCGAGGUCUCUCGUCCAACAAAACCCUGCAGGAGGGCCUGCAGCGGCUCGUCCUGAACGGCCUGACCAUGUCUUCUCUUGAGGAGCCUAGCCGUCGCUGUUUCAGCGCCAUGCAGGGUUUGCGCGCUCUCAGCGUGUCCAACGUCGACUUUUACGACUCUGGCUUGGUGGACGUGUGCGCGCUGCCCCGCCUGGAGAGUUUGGAUAUCUCCAACACCUCGGUGACGAACCUGACCCCGCUUCUGGGGUUGAGGAGCAGGCUACGCUACCUCACCAUGCACCAGCUCAAGAGGCUGGAGAUGACCACCGCUCAGCUGCUAGCUGUGCUCAGUCAGCUGGAGGGUUUACAGCACCUUGAUAUCUCCGAUGAUAAGCAGUUCACAUCAGACGUGGCGCGGCAGCUGCUGGAGACUCCUGGCAUCUUGCCUCAGCUGGUGUCUCUGGACGUGUCUGGCCGCAAGCAGGUGACCGAUACAGCGGUCAAGGCUUUCGUGGAGGCGAGACCGGGCAUGACCUUUGUUGGUCUGCUGGCCACCGAUGCUGGAUUCUCUGACUUCCUGUCUGGAGAGGGCAGCUUAAAGGUGACUGGGGAAGCCAAUGAGACCCAAAUCUGUGAGGCGUUGAGAAGGUACAGUGAGAGGGAGGGCUUUGUUAGAGAGGCUCUCUUCCACCUCUUCAGCCUCACUCAUGCCAUCGAGAAACCACGACCCGACAUCUUGAAGUUGGUCGCGUUGGGGAUGAAGAAUCAUCCGGCCACGUUGAAUGUGCAGCUGGCAGCCAGUGCCUGUGUGUUCAACCUCACCAAGCAGGAACUGGCCUUUGGAAUCCCCGUGCGGCUCCUGGGGAACGUCACACAGCUGCUACUCGAAGCCAUGAAGACCUUCCCCAACCACCAACAGCUGCAGAAGAACUGCCUGCUGUCUCUCUGCAGUGAUCGAAUCUUGCAGGAGGUUCCCUUCAACAGGUUUGAAGCUGCCAAGCUGGUGAUGCAGUGGCUGUGUAACCACGAGGAUCAGAACAUGCAGAGGAUGGCCGUAGCUAUUAUCUCCAUUCUCGCUGCCAAGGUGAGCAGCUACAGUCUGCGGCUGUCCACCGAGCAAACUGCACAAUUGGGAGCUGAGCUUUUUAUCGUAAAGCAACUCCUGCACAUUGUGCGGCAGAAGACGUGUCAGGGUACCGUUGACGCCACGUUGAAGUUCACACUCAGCGCUCUGUGGAACCUCACGGAUGAAUCUCCUACCACCUGCAGACACUUCAUAGAGAACCAGGGACUAGAGCUCUUCAUCAAAGUACUCGAGUCCUUUCCAUCAGAGUCAUCCAUUCAACAGAAGGUGUUGGGUUUACUGAAUAAUAUCGCUGAAGUGGGGGAGUUGCACGGUGAGCUGAUGGUUCAAAGUUUUCUGGAUCACAUCUGUUCUCUGCUGCACAGUCCAGAGGUGGAGGUCAGUUAUUUCGCAGCAGGCAUCUUGGCCCACCUCACCUCACGGGGCGAGAAGGUGUGGACCCUCGACAUGUCGCUCAGGAACACACUGCUGGAGCAACUGCAUUCAGCGAUUCUGAAGUGGCCAACGCCGGAAUGUGAGAUGGUAGCGUACAGAUCGUUCAACCCUUUCUUCCCUUUACUGGAGUGCUUCCAGACCCCAGGAGUUCAGCUGUGGGCCGCAUGGGCCAUGCAGCACGUCUGCAGCAAAAAUGCAGCGGGGCGGUACUGCAGCAUGUUACUGGAGGAGGGAGGACUGCGGCAGCUAGAGGCCGUGAUGUCGCAUCCCAAAACCCACGGCGAUGUGCUGCGAUUGGCUGAAAGCAUCCUAGACAGUUUACAUCGCCACAGAGCACGCACAGGAUACGCAGUCCCGGCAAAAAUACACACACAUACAGAGAAAAACAUUCCAUGACACGGUUCUUUUUGGUCAGUGGUCUCUGGAUGGGACGCUGCAAAAGUUGUUUCUUUUUGUACGUGUAUGUGUUCACUCGUGCCCAUCCGUAUGACAACGAUACUCUGCUGUUCUUUCUGCAAAGAGGAACGUGUGUAUAAGUUACUUUGCAUAUGUUUGCACACGACCGAAUCCGUUAUUUAUUUGAAAUAAGUCUCAGUGAUCUGAUGUUUAUUUAGACAGGCAGCAGCUCAGAGAGUGUGUUUGUUAAACAUGAUUAUGGAUGUGAGCGUUUAUAUAACUAUAUGUGUGUGUGCGUGCAUGUCCACGUGUACUAAGAGCAUGUGCAUCAGAAAGCUACAUAUGCAUAUUCAGAUUUGGAUAAAACUCCAUAGGAAAUGUCAUUUAUGUGACAGAUUUCUGUCCUAUUCAGCAUAAAAUGCAAUCUAAUCGGAUACAGUUGGGUUACGUGGAAAUACAUGAACAUAUUUAAUACGUUUGAACUGUUUGGUAAAUUUUAGUGUGGAAUGUUAAAAUUGCGUGUGCGAUCUGUGCGAUAACGCUUGUCAAUGCAUGAGAGCUUUAGGGAUGAAAUCUAUUUUUAUACACAGUAUAUCAACUGUGGCAGAUGACAAUGUUUAUAAUGGUCUGUGUGUCGUAUUGCA